AUGGAAACAGAGAGCGGGUCUACUCCAUCACAUGAAGUUGAUUCCAAUGUAGUGGAAUCUUGCUCAAGAGUAAGGGAAAAGGUUGAUCCGGCUUGGGAACAUUUUAGCCUUGGGUCGGAUGAGAAGGGACGGAAUACUUUUACAUGUGAGUAUUGUAGGCAAACAUAUAAAGGUGGGGGUAUUAAUAGGAUGAAAAAACACCUUGCGGGGAUAAAAGGUGAUAUUGGAUCGUGUAAAAAGGUUUCUCAUGAUGUGAGAUACCAAAUGUUGGAAUAUGUGAAGGAGUUUGAGUUGAAGAAAAAAGCUGAGAAACAACGUCAAGAAGAAAUGUUUAGUGUGCCUUCUACAAAUAGUGAUUUGCAAGAAGAUGAUGAUGUUCAAGAAGUAUUUAGUAGUGGGUUGCCUAAAAAACCUGUUUUAGGUAAAAGAAAUGGUACAAAGCUAGUGGAUAAUUACUUUGCUCCAAGAACUACUCCAGGAGCUCAACCUGGUCUUAAAAGUGUAUUCCAAAGCAAAGAAAGGGUGAGGCAAGUUGAUAUGGCUAUUGCAAGGUUUCUGUAUGACAAUUGCAUUCCCUUUAAUGUAGUGAAUUCAGUGUACUACCAAAUGAUGAUUGAUGCCAUAGCUGCUGCAAAGGUCCAUCUUAUCAUGCUGGGAAUGGUAUUUGUAAAAUCAGUUGAUGCCUCAGAUAUUGUGAAGAAUACUAGAAACUUGUUUAAAUUGUUUGAUGAAGUAGUUACAUGGGUUGGUCCAAAAAACAUAGUUCACUUGGUUACUGAUAAUGCUUCCAACUAUGUAUCUGCUGGUAAAUUGUUGUGUGAAAAGUAUAAAACUAUUAGUUGGUCUCCUUGUGCAGCACAUUACCUGAAUCUUGUGUUGCAGGAUAUGGGGGAGAUGUCUCAUGUGGAGAGACUAAAAAAUCGUUCAACCAAAGUUACAGUUUUUAUUUAUAAUCAUUUAGCUUUGAUUGCUUGGUUGAGGAAGAGACCUGGUUGGACAGAUAUUGUACGUGCAGGAGCAACAAGAUUUGCUACUACUUUCCUUUCAUUUGGAAGCCUUCAUGUGCAUAAGCAUGACUUGCAAGCCUUAGUGACUAGCAAGUUCUUUGUGGACAAUAGAUUGGCAAGAGAGUCAAAGACAAAAGAAGUAGUUUCUAUCAUAUUGGAUAAUUCUUUUUGGGAUGAUAUUAAUGUUCUUGUCAAGAUUUCAUCACCACUCAUUCGUUUGUUACGGAUUGUUGAUUCUGAUCAAAGGCCUGCAAUAGGAUAUGUGUAUGAGGGCAUGCAUAGAGCACGGUUGGGAAUCAAGAAGAUCUUCCGAAUGAAGAAGCACUUGUACAAGCCAUACACCUCAAUUAUAAAAAACCGUUGGGACAAGCAUUUACGUAAAGAUCUUCAUGCUGCUGCAUAUUGGUUAAAUCCCCCUUUUCAAUAUGAUGAGGAGAAUUUUUGUCGGAAACCAGCAAAAAGGUAA